AUGUUGUAUCUUCAAAAAACUAAGACCGGCCUCAGUUUAUUACUUUUUUGUGUGAAUAACAAUUGUUUAUGGGUCUCAAAUGUCUAUUGUAACAGAUGUGGAACUGCGACUACCAUUAGUGGGAGUGGGAGUGGGAGUGGGAGUGGGAGUGGGAGUGGGAGUGGGAGUGGGAGUGGGAGUGGGAGUGGGAGUGGGAGUGGGAGUGGGAGUGGGAGUGGGAGUGGGAGUGGGAGUGGGAGUGGGAGUGGGAGUGGGAGUGGGAGUGGGAGUGGGAGUGGGAGUGGGAGUGGGAGUGGGAGUGGGAGUGGGAGUGGGAGUGGGAGUGGGAGUGGGAGUGGGAGUGGGAGUGGGAGUGGGAGUGGGAGUGGGAGUGGGAGUGGGAGUGGGAGUGGGAGUGGGAGUGGGAGUGGGAGUGGGAGUGGGAGUGGGAGUGGGAGUGGGAGUGGGAGUGGGAGUGGGAGUGGGAGUGGGAGUGGGAGUGGGAGUGGGAGUGGGAGUGGGAGUGGGAGUGGGAGUGGGAGUGGGAGUGGGAGUGGGAGUGGGAGUGGGAGUGGGAGUGGGAGUGGGAGUGGGAGUGGGAGUGGGAGUGGAGUGGGAGUGGGAGUGGGAGUGGGAGUGGGAGUGGGAGUGGGAGUGGGAGUGGGAGUGGGAGUGGGAGUGGGAGUGGGAGUGGGAGUGGGAGUGGGAGUGGGAGUGGGAGAUACGGCAAACGAACAUACAUAUUACCUGAUGGUAAGCAAUCAGCGCGAUCCAUGGACACCCGCAACAAUGGAGGAGUUUAAGUAG